AUGGCGGCGGCGAUGGCCGAGCAGGAGGGCGCCCGCAACGGCGCCCGCAACCGCGGCGGCGUCCAGCGCGUGGAGGGCAAGCUGCGCGCCAGCGUGGAGAAGGGCGACUAUUACGAGGCCCACCAGAUGUACCGGACCCUCUUCUUCAGGUACAUGUCUCAGGGCAAGCACGUGGAUGCCCGCGAGCUCAUGUUCUCCGGGGCGCUGCUCUUCUUUAGCCAUGGCCAGCAGAACAGCGCUGCGGACCUAUCCAUGCUGGUCCUGGAGUCGCUGGAGAAGGCCGAGGUGGGCGUGACCAAUGACCUGCUGGAGAACCUGGACAAGCUCUUCAGCCUGAUGGACCCCAACUCCCCCGAGAGAGUGGCCUUUGUGUCCCGAGCCCUCAAGUGGUCAGGGGGCGGGUCUGGAAAGCUGGGCCACCCCAAGCUGCACCAGCUGCUGGCUGUCACCCUGUGGAAAGAACAGAACUACUGUGAGUCUCGGUACCACUUCCUGCACUCGGCUGACGGGGAGGGCUGCGCCAACAUGCUGGUGGAGUACGCGACGUCGCGUGGCUUCCGCAGUGAGGUGGACAUGUUUGUGGCCCAGGCCGUGCUCCAAUUCCUUUGUUUGAAGAACAAGAGCAGUGCGUCGGUGGUGUUCACGACCUACACUCAGAAGCACCCGUCCAUUGAGGCUGGACCCCCCUUUGUGCAGCCCCUGCUGAACUUCAUCUGGUUCCUGCUGCUGGCUGUCGACGGUGGGAAGCUGACCGUCUUUACAGUGUUGUGUGAGCAGUAUCAGCCGUCUCUCAGGAGGGACCCAAUGUACCAUGAGUAUCUUGACAGGAUAGGACAGCUCUUCUUCGGUGUGCCGCCCAAGCAGACGUCUUCCUACGGAGGCUUGUUGGGGAACCUUCUGAGCAGUCUCAUGGGCUCGUCAGAGCAGGAGGAGGGCGAGGAGGGCCAGGAGGGCAGCAGCCCCAUCGAGCUGGACUGACGUGCGGGACGUGCCCAGCGCCAAGGCCCGGGCAGCUUCAGAGGGCAUGUUGUCCUGCGCAAGCCGCUCCCUGGGGGCUGCUCACCCUGACGCUGGCAGCUGCGUCCAGGGCCUGUGCACCUCCCAGCAGGGUGGCCAGGACAGGGUGCAGGCUGUGUGGCCACAGCGUGUCCCCCCUCAGAUUGCUCCACAAUAAAGCACAGGCCUUGCUGCGCCCGCCUAUCCUGCCAGCUUCCCGCCGGGCGCAGAGGCCCUGGGCCGAGCCCUCUGUGCACGCACGCGGCAGGGCCAGGGCAGAGUGCGUGUGCCCGCCAGGUGGCGCAGCCUCUUGUCCGCUGAUUGGGUUUCCAGCAGCAGCCAGCCGGCGUGAGCGCUGCGCGUCACCACCAGGGAGACACUUUAUUUUUCCACGUGACAAGGUGUGGAUUCUGCGUGUGAUCAUGCAUGGGAAGGGUGAGAGCCUAUUCACUGUACAGACGGAAGACUCUAAGGCAGGGGUUGUGUUUGUCGUUGAGUUUAAAUAAAUACUUUGUACUGGG